UAAGAACGAAAAGCGAAAAAGCACAAACUGCUGACGAUCUCAAAUGGACUGCAGUCGGGUUUAGCAUAACCAAGGAGAACGGUGUAGGGUGAAUCUCUGACCGGCUAACACCAAUUCCAAAUGGCCAAAUUGACAAGACUGUUGCUGCUGUUGCUGCUGACCCCGAAAUUGGUUUUUCCAGCUGCCGACGUCGUCGACUCUGAGCCAUCAACAGUUUCCGCCAUUUCACAGUUUCUGGAGCGGCGGCCAGAGCCAAAUCAGGAGGAGCUCAGCUGGACACAUAUGUUGCCCAGCAACUAUUACUCGGAAUUGAAUCAACAAUACUAUGUGAGAUUUCGCAGGCAUUCCACGCUCGCCCUAAAGGAUCUGCGCCGGGCCCGCUCAUAUCCAUUCGAAUAUGCGCGUUAUCUCUUACAAUAAUAUUUAAAGAACCCAAAAAAAACCAAUAAAAUUUCCUCGCAGUAAAGAGCUUGACCAUUAAGAGGUCUGGAAAUA